AUGGCAGAUAUCAAUACGCCUAGCCGCCGCCGGGCAUGGCGGCGUACUGACGACCAUACUCCCGGCGUGGCGAAACUGCAACUCGUCACCGAAGAUCUCCCCCCUUUGACCCCAACUUCCGUACUGAUCAAGGUGCACGCCGCGGCUCUCAACUACCGAGACGCCAACAUCGCCAAUGGCAGAAUCAUCGGGAACGAUGCCGCGGGCGAAGUGAUUGCACUCGGACAGCACGUAACGAGGGUCAAAGCGGGAGAUCGCGUUGCGCCAAUCACCGAUACGCAGUUUUUGAACGACCGCUCCCCCGGCAGGUCGUGGCUCGCCGCGAAUGAAGAUGGAGUGCUCGCCGAUUACAUCGUGUACGAUCAAGAAGUACUUGGUCGACUUCCAGACUACCUUCCCUGGGAAAAUGCCUGUCUGCUUCCAAACGCCGGCUGCACGGCUUGGAGUGCGCUCAAGGGCGUUGGGAUUGGGAAGAGUGUUCUCAUUCAGGGAACGGGCGGCGUCAGCAGCUGGGCGUUGAAGCUUUCCCGUGCCGCUGGACUCAAAGUCAUCCUCACAUCAUCCAGUGAUGACAAGCUAGAACGAAUGAAGAAGCGCUUUGGCCAUCCCGAGAUCCAAACAAUCAACUACGCCAAAUUUCCAAAUUGGGACGAAGAGGUGCUGAAGAUGACCGACGGCGUUGGCGUGGACCUGACAAUUGACAACGGCGGCGCUUCGUCAGUCGUCCGGAGCAUGAAGUCGACUCGCCGUGGAGGUAUAGUCAGUCAAGUUGGCUACCUUGGGAAUCACAAAGAGCCUCCGCAAUUGCAAGAACUCAUCCCAACAAUAAUCGACCGCAGAAUCGUAUACAGAGGAAUCAACGCGGGAUCGGUUUUUGAUCUUGACGAUCUGUCGGCAGCAUUGGAGUCCACAAGGAUGAGUCUCGACGACAUCAUCGAUACCGUCUACCCGUUUGAGCAAGCCGAAGAAGCCAUGCAAUCGCUGUGGGAGGGCAAGGUAGUUGGCAAGUUGGUGCUUUCAUCGAUUCAUCGAUAG